CAAAUUGUUAUUAUUAUCCCUAACAUCUAAAUACAAACACGUUGUAUCUCAGCCCUAACCUCAAGAUAGACAUUUUCUCAAUACGACUCUGUCUUGCUCUCUUUUUCUAGGUUCCACGUUCACUCUGAAUCUGAGGUAUGGCGAAUUGUUGGAGGAACUCAUUGUUAGCUCCUCUCUCUUUCUUCUUCUUCUACUUCUUGGUAUCGUCGACCACCUUCGCCAGUUCCGAUGGCCCCUUCAUCAUCGCCCACAAGAAGGCAGCCUCUACUAAGCUGAAAUCCGGCACUGAACGGGUCUCCGUCACUAUUGAUAUCUAUAAUCAGGGAUCUGCGACUGCUUAUGAUUUGAGUCUUAAUGAUGGUAGCUGGCCCAAAGAUGCAUUUGACAUUAUUGAUGGUAACACUUCUAUGUCAUGGGAACGUCUUGAUGUAGGUGGUUCCCUAUCACAUUCUUUUGAGUUGGAGGCCAAAUCUAAAAAACUUUUUUAUGGUGCUCCAACAAUCAUAACAUUUCGCAUCCCCACUAGGGCUGCUCUGCAGGAGGCGUACUCUACCCCAAUAAUGCCUCUUGACUUGCUAGCAGAGAGCCCCCCUGAAAAGAAAUUUGACUUGGUAAGUAGAGUUUUGGCAAAAUAUGGGUCGUUGGCUUCUGUGAUCUCCAUUGUAGUUGUGUUUGUAUACCUCGUGGCAACACCAUCAAAAUCCAGCGCUGCAAAGAAGAAACGCUAAAUAAUAUAUUGAAUGAUUGGUCCGAUGGAAAGUCACUCAACACUCAGAAAUUGCGUUUCCUGAAUGGAUUGAAUAUUCUGUUUUAUUGUCUUUUGAGUUAGAUAGCGAGUCCGUAUUUUUCAUCCGUUAAAAGUUGUACUUUCUACCUAUUGCAGAACAAUUGAAGUUGCAAGACUUUGUUUGCAUCAUACAUUCAUAGCAACCCACUCCUAAUAAUACACAACCUUCCGAAAAUUAC